AGCUUUACUCAGCUGAUAGUGGCUGAUCUGCAAGAUUUUGGGUUCAAAGCUCACAUCCACUGCUGACAUUUGCGACACACACAGUGCCCGGUGAGGACAACAGUGCUUCCAGGAGCUUAGGCACUCAGAUUUAGAACCUGGGUCUGUUGGCUGUGUUACAAGUUGUGCUUUUGCAUUUGGUGUGCAGCUUUGGUUGAUGACCAGCCACAGUGUCUCUGCUGUGUGCUGCUGCCAUCCGUGGUGCUGCUGCCAUCCGUGGUGUGUACAGAGGGAAGAUGGCAUUCUGGACGCAGCUGGGGCUGCUGCUAUGGAAGAAUUUCACCUAUAGGAGAAGGCAGACGCUCCAACUGCUGAUUGAAAUUGCGUGGCCCUUGUUUGUGUUCUUUAUACUGAUCUCUGUGCGGCUUUCUUACCCACCCUAUGAACAACAUGAAUGUCACUUUCCAAAUAAGGCCAUGCCUUCAGCUGGAACGUUACCCUGGGUCCAGGGGAUUAUCUGUAAUGCCAACAACCCGUGCUUCCGCUAUCCAACACCUGGAGAGUCACCAGGCAUUGUUGGAAAUUUCAACAAAUCUAUUGUUUACCGGUUGUUCUCGGAUGCCCAGCGGUUGCUGUUGUAUAGCCAGAAAGACACCAGCAUCAAAGAUGCACAAAAACUAGUGGGAAAACUGCAGAAAGUUGGAAAAUCUGUCUCAGGUGUGAAACUCCGGGAUUUUCUGGUUGCCAACGAGACCUUCUCUGACUUCCUCCAUCAUAACACUUCCCUACCACGUUUUGCAGUGGAUGAAAUACUGAACUCUCAGGUCAAUCUCCAACGGAUCAUUUCAACCGGCUUCCAGAUGAGGGUAAAAGACCUUUGCAAUUCGACCAAACUGUCCGAGUUUGUUAUCAUCUCAAACCCAACGGUAGCCAUGGUCAGCGAUGCCUUGAUUUGCCUCAUGCCAAAGGAGAAACUUGCCUCUGCAGAAAAGGUGUUCCAGGCCAAUCUAGAUGUCAUGAAGCCAUUUGUAAGGGGGAUCUCCUCCAAUUCCACUUUACAGGAUCUGAAAGAAGCUGUGGAGACUUUGAUGGAGAGCCUCGGAAAGCUCCUGAAAGAGCUUGUUGGCAUGAAAAGCUGGAGCGACAUGAGGCAGGAAGUAUUGUUUCUGACCAAUGUGAACAGCACAAGUUCUUCUACUGAAAUUUAUCAAGCCGUGUCUCGGAUUGUUUGUGGCCAUCCUGAAGGAGGGGGGUUGCAAAUCAAGUCUCUCAACUGGUACGAAGACAACAAUUACAAAGCCCUCUUUAGCGUCAACAGCACAGAUGAAGAAGCAGUUGAUUUCUAUGAUAACUUCACAACACCCUACUGCAAUGACCUCAUGAAAAAUCUGGAAUCCAGUCCACUUUCCCGUAUCAUAUGGAGAGCUCUGAAGCCCUUGCUUAUCGGAAAAGUCUUAUACACGCCGGACACACCGGCAACGAGAGCGGUGAUGACUGAGGUAAACAAGACAUUCCAGGAGCUAGGUGUCUUCCGUGAUCUCGGAGGGAUGUGGGAAGAGAUAAGACCAAAGAUACGAGCUUUCAUGGAGAAAAGCCAGGAAAUGGAUAUGGUCCGGACCUUACUCAAGAACAAGGACCUCUGGCAGCAAUACUUGGAAGGUACAAGCUGGACCACUGAAGAUGUUGCUAUGUUCUUGGCAAAAGACCCAGAGGACGUUCAACCGGUGAAUGGCUCGACCUACUCCUGGAGAGAUGCGUUCAAUGAGACAGAUCGAGCUGUUAUGACUAUUUCCCGAUUCAUGGAAUGUGUCAAUUUGGACAAACUGGAACCUGUGCCAAACGAGGUGCGGCUUAUCAACAAGUCCAUGGAACUGCUAGACCAGAGGAGAUUUUGGGCCGGCAUCGUCUUCCCUGAAAUGGCUCCGGGCAGCACAAAAUUGCCUCAUCAUGUCAAGUACAAGAUACGGAUGGACAUAGACAAUGUGGAAAGGACUAAUAAAAUUAAGGACGGGUACUGGGAUCCAGGCCCUCGAGCCGACCCCUUUGAAGACAUGCGCUACAUCUGGGGAGGCUUCGCUUACCUGCAGGAUGUGGUGGAGCAAGCGAUCAUCCGGGCUCUCACGGGCUCACAGAAGAAAACGGGCGUGUAUGUGCAGCAGAUGCCGUACCCCUGUUACGUCGAUGACAUCUUCCUGCGCGUCAUGAGUCGAUCGAUGCCCCUCUUCAUGACGCUGGCUUGGAUUUACUCUGUGGCGGUGAUUGUCAAAGGGAUCGUGUACGAGAAGGAGGCCCGCCUGAAGGAGACGAUGAGGAUCAUGGGCCUCGACAACGGCAUCCUGUGGCUCAGCUGGUUCAUCAGCAGCCUCGUCCCCCUCCUCUUGAGUGCGGGGCUCCUGGUGUUCAUCCUCAAGAACGGGAACCUGCUGCCGUACAGUGAUCCCAGCGUGGUGUUCAUCUUCCUGUCUGUCUUUGGUGUGGUGACCAUCUUGCAGUGUUUCCUCAUCAGCACCUUAUUCUCCAGGGCCAACCUGGCGGCCGCUUGCGGAGGGAUCAUCUACUUCACUCUCUACUUGCCCUACGUUCUGUGUGUUGCCUGGCAGGAUUACAUCGGCUACUCUCUCAAAAUAUUUGCAAGCCUGCUUUCUCCGGUCGCCUUUGGGUUUGGCUGUGAGUACUUUUCCCUGUUUGAAGAGCAGGGCGUUGGAGUGCAGUGGGAGAACAUCCUUGAAAGCCCCCUAGAAGAAGACAGCUUCAACCUGACCACUUCUUUGUGCAUGAUGCUCUUCGACACUUUGCUAUACGGGAUCAUGACUUGGUACAUUGAGUCUGUCUUCCCAGGCCAGUAUGGCAUUCCCAGGCCCUGGUACUUCCCCUUUUUGAAGUCCUAUUGGUGUGGCGAGGAAUCUAAGGAGCAGCAGCUACCCUCUCUACGCCCAGGGUCAUCUGAAAUCUGUGUGGAAGAAGAACCGAGUCAUCUGAGGCUUGGAGUAUCCAUUCAAAGCCUGGUGAAGGUUUAUCGCGAUGGCAAAAAGCUGGCUGUAGAUGGCCUUACACUGAAUUUCUACGAAGGACAGAUCACCUCCUUCCUGGGACACAAUGGAGCUGGGAAAACAACCACAAUGUCCAUCUUGACUGGAUUAUUUCCACCCACUUCUGGCACAGCCUUCAUCCUGGGCAAAGACAUCCGCUCCGAACUCAGCAGCAUUCGGCAGAAUCUGGGGGUCUGCCCUCAGCACAACGUCUUGUUUGACGAUUUGACAGUGGAGGAGCACAUCUGGUUUUAUGCCCGCCUAAAGGGGCUGUCGGAAAAGCUGGUGAAAAGGGAGCUGGAGCAGAUGGCGAUAGAUGUUGGCUUGCCUCACAAACUGAAAUCCAAGACAAGUAAACUCUCUGGCGGCAUGCAGAGAAAGCUUUCUGUCGCGCUGGCCUUCGUAGGCGGCUCUAAAGUGGUCAUCCUGGAUGAACCGACAGCAGGCGUCGAUCCGUAUUCUCGCCGAGGGAUCUGGGAGUUGCUUUUGAAAUAUCGCCAAGGCCGCACCAUCAUUCUCUCAACGCAUCACAUGGAUGAGGCGGACAUCCUCGGAGACCGGAUCGCCAUCAUAUCUCACGGCAAACUGUGCUGCGUUGGCUCUUCGCUGUUUCUGAAGAACCAGCUGGGGACAGGCUAUUAUUUGACCCUGGUCAAAAAGGACGUGGACUCCUCGCUGAGCUCCUGCAGGAACAGCAGCAGCACGGUCUCGUUCCUGAAAAAGGACGACAGCGUCUCUCAGAGUAGUUCUGACGCUGGACUUGGCAGUGACCAUGAAAGUGACACUUUGACGAUCGAUGUGUCUGCGAUUUCCAAUCUCAUCAUGAAACACGUUCCCGAAGCAAAACUUGUCGAGGAUAUCGGCCAUGAGUUAACUUACGUUUUGCCGUAUGAAGCUGCCAAGGAGGGUGCUUUCGUGGAGCUCUUCCACGAGAUCGACGACCGCCUCUCUGAUUUGGGCAUUUCCAGUUACGGCAUUUCUGAAACCACUCUGGAGGAGAUAUUUCUCAAAGUGGCAGAGGAUAAUGGUGUGGAUGCAGAGACCUCAGAUGGCACCUUACCUGCUAGGAGAAAUCGACGUCCCUUUGGAGACAGACAAAGCUGCCUUCGUCCGUUCACGGAAGACGAUGCUUUCGACCCCAAUGAUUCUGACAUAGAUCCAGAAUCUCGAGAGACCGACCUGCUGAGUGGGGUGGACGGCAAAGGCUCCUACCAGAUGAAAGGAUGGCAACUGAUCCAGCAGCAGUUUGUGGCUCUGCUCUGGAAGAGGCUGCUUAUUGCCAAGCGUAGCAGGAAGGGCUUCUUUGCCCAGAUUGUUCUCCCUGCUGUCUUCGUUUGCAUCGCUCUCAUGUUCAGUCUAAUUGUACCUCCUUUUGGUAAAUACCCCGGCUUGGAAUUGCAACCGUGGAUGUAUGAUGAGCAAUAUACAUUUAUCAGCAACGAUGCUCCGGAAAAUGCUGGGACUCAGGAGCUUUUGAACGCUCUUCUCAGUGAACCUGGUUUCGGGACCCGCUGUAUGAAAGGACACUCCAUUCCAGAUACCCCUUGCUCUGCGGGAGAAGAGGGCUGGGCCAUCACUCCUGUGCCCGAGACAGUCAUGGAAAUCUUUCAGAAGGGCAACUGGACCAUGGAGAAUCCUUCCCCGUCCUGCGUAUGUAGCAAUGACAAGAUCAAGAAGAUGCUUCCCAUGUGUCCUCCAGGGGCUGGUGGCCUGCCUCCUCCCCAGAGAACACAGAACACAACAGACAUUCUCCAGAAUUUGACGGGUCGCAACAUCUCUGAUUACCUGGUGAAGACCUAUGCACAGAUCAUUGGGAAAAGUUUGAAGAAUAAGAUCUGGGUGAAUGAAUUCAGGUAUGGAGGGUUUUCAUUGGGAGCCAGUAGCUCUCUUGUGCUGCCUCCGAGUCAAGAAGUUAAUGACGCCAUCCAACAAGUGAAGAAGAUCUUGGAACUAGGCAAGGGGAGUUCUGGAGAACGUUUUCUUAAUAAUCUGGGGAUCUUCCUGAAGGGACUGGACACAAACAAUAACGUAAAGGUGUGGUUCAAUAACAAGGGCUGGCAUGCCGUCGGCUCCUUCCUCAACGUCAUCAACAACGCCAUCCUUCGGGCUAACCUGCAGGCAGGAGAGAACCCCAAUACCUACGGCAUCACCGCGUACAACCACCCGCUGAACCUCACCAAACAACAGCUGUCCGAAGUUGCCUUGAUGACCACGUCCGUGGAUGUUUUAGUCUCCAUCUGCGUCAUCUUUGCCAUGUCCUUUGUCCCGGCGAGCUUUGUGGUUUUCUUGAUUCAAGAGCGAGUCAGCAAAGCCAAGCACCUGCAGUUCAUCAGCGGGGUGAAGCCGGUUAUCUACUGGCUGGCCAACUUUGUCUGGGAUAUGUGCAACUACGUGGUUCCUGCCACUUUGGUGAUUAUCAUCUUCAUCUGCUUCCAGCAGAAGUCCUACGUGUCUUCGUCCAAUCUACCGGUGCUUGCUCUUCUCCUCUUGCUCUAUGGGUGGUCCAUAACACCUCUGAUGUAUCCAGCAUCCUUUGUGUUCAAGAUCCCCAGCACAGCAUACGUGGUACUGACCAGCGUGAACCUCUUCAUCGGGAUCAACGGGAGCGUGGCUACUUUUGUCCUUGAACUUUUCACCAACAAUAAACUGAACAACAUCAAUGACAUCCUGAAAUCAGUAUUCCUCAUCUUCCCUCACUUCUGUCUGGGCCGUGGGCUGAUCGACAUGGUGAAAAACCAAGCCAUGGCAGAUGCUCUGGAAAGGUUUGGUGAGAAUCGCUUUGUUUCCCCCCUUUCCUGGGACCUGGUGGGACGCAAUCUUUUUGCCAUGGCUGUGGAAGGUGCCGUCUUCUUCCUCAUCACAGUGCUUAUACAGUACAGGUUCUUUAUCAAACCCAGGCCAGUCUAUGCCAAGCUUCCACCUGUGCAUGAUGAAGAUGAGGAUGUAAACAGAGAGAGGCAGAGGAUCAUUAGUGGCGGCGGACAAAGCGAUAUCUUGGAAAUCAAGGAGCUGACUAAGAUAUACAGAAUGAAACAGAAACCAGCUGUAGACAGGAUCUGUGUGGGGAUUCCGCCUGGGGAGUGCUUUGGCCUCCUCGGUGUGAAUGGAGCCGGCAAAUCCUCUACCUUCAAGAUGUUGACAGGAGACACUGAUGUUACAGGAGGGGAUGCUUUUUUAAAGGGAAACAGUAUCUUGUCUAACAUCCAAGAAGUUCAUCAGAAUAUGGGAUACUGCCCUCAGUUUGAUGCUAUCACUGAACUGCUGACAGGGAGAGAACACUUGGAAUUCUUUGCACUGUUGAGAGGUGUUCCUGAGAAAGAAGUCUGCAAGGUCGGCGAAUGGGCUGUUCGGAAACUGGGCCUUGUGAAGUAUGCAGAAAAAUAUGCCGGCUGCUACAGCGGUGGGAACAAGCGAAAGCUUUCCACGGCAAUAGCCCUAAUUGGGGGUCCCCCCGUGGUGUUCCUGGACGAACCAACCACUGGGAUGGAUCCCAAAGCACGCCGUUUCCUUUGGAACUGUGCCUUGAGCAUCAUCAAAGAGGGACGAUCUGUGGUCCUCACCUCUCACAGCAUGGAAGAGUGUGAGGCCCUGUGUACGCGGAUGGCAAUCAUGGUCAACGGGCGCUUCAGGUGCCUCGGCAGUGUUCAGCACCUGAAGAACAGAUUCGGUGAUGGCUACACAAUAGUCGUGCGGAUAGCAGGGGCAAACCCAGACUUGAAACCUGUCCAGGACUUCUUUGCGCUUGCCUUUCCCGGCAGUGUGCUGAAGGAGAGGCAUCGCAGCAUGCUGCAAUAUCAGCUCCCGUCCUCUCCAUCUUCUCUGGCGAGGAUAUUUAGCAUCCUCUCCCAGAACAAAAAGAGACUCCACAUAGAAGACUACUCCGUUUCCCAGACCACACUUGACCAAGUAUUUGUAAACUUUGCCAAGGACCAAAGUGAUGACGACCACACAAAGGACUUGUCGUUGCACAAAAACCAGACUGUUGUAGAUGUUGCCGUUCUGUCCUUUUUGCAAGAUGAGAAGGUGAAAGAAAGCUACGUAUGAACGAGCCUCCUGGAAAAACAGGGCGCAGCAGCAGUAGUACUGAGAAGAGGAGGAGUCGGUUUUCCUUUACUUGGCAAGGAGGACUCUUCCCAAAAGCAAGGAGACGGAGACUACAGAUAGGAAGGGAACUGAAUGGACACUCUCCUGAUAACCAUUCAAUGCAAUGCAAUUCAAUGCAAUGAAAACAAUAUUCCAUUCCGGGGCAGUGCCUCUCGGAGAAGUUGCCUUGUUGUACUGUUCUCUAGUGAAAGACUUGAAUCUCGUUGUUCUUACACUAUAACUCUGUGAAACUCUAGAGCGGGGUCACCUGCUGCCCCUGUGGUCUUUUGCCAAACUCCCACGUGUUUUUACUUAGUGCAGGUUUGGGGAGGGGUUAGUUCUCGGCCAGUGAAUAUUUAUUACCAUUUUGAUGCUUGGGGGCAGUAUCUAUUGCCGGCAAUGAAUGCCCCCAACACAAUCAAUGCCAAGUAUUCACCACGCAACGCAUUGCCAUGGCCUUAUUCAAGUACCAACUAUCAGCCUGGGUAACCAGUGCCAAGGCAAGAGGGUUGCAGAAAGCAAUGGUAUCGGGUGGGCAUUACCAGGAGGGCCACCAAGCAUACCACUUUAUAAGUAUACACAGUACAGUAUUUUGUGUUGGGUGGUGGCAAGAUCAAUUCUCAGCCAUGCAUACAGCGGCGAGGAUGUCCAUCCCACUGGUAUGGUGACCAAUCACUUACUGCUCCAUUCGGCUUCUGUGGAGCUGCUGCUGCUUUCAGCUUUAUUUCUUAGGCUUGUGUUUGAUGUGCCUGUUUCCUUUGCAACAGUAUUAUGUAAGUGACUGACCAGCUUCUUCAGACCUGCUGUCGUAGCUCCAUGUCCUUAACUACCAUUUAAAAAUUCAACAACGCUGUGCCUGUAUUACCACUUCAUUAUGCAUACAUGUCUGGAUCGUUUGUAGAAAUGCUAAGAUGUUCCUGUUCUAGCAGUCACCACUACCCGAUUUUUGAUUACCACUUUGAAGUUUUCUCCAGUCCAAGGUCAACGGUAGGGUUGCCAUCUCUUUAUCACAGAUCGUUGUUGUGCCCUUUAAAUGCACAGUUGAAAUAAGAGAAGGGGAAAGGUACCUAUCUACACUCUUGCCCACUCCAACCUUGCCUUAUCCUCCAACCUAGAGAGCCAGAGUGGUUAGAAUGCUGAACUAGAUGCUGGGCAACUCGGGUUCAAGUCCCCCUUCUGCCACAGAAGCCUGCUGGGUGAUCUUGGGCCAGUCACACACUUUCGGCCUAACCUAUCUCGCAGGGUUGUCAUGAGGGUGAAAUUGAAAAGGGGAGAACCAUGUUCUAAACCUCUUCGGGUCACCUUGGGGGGAAAAAGUUAGAGAUAUAAAUGAAUAAAUUAAACCCCAGGCUCAUUUGGCUGGGCAGAACUUCAGCUGCUCUCGCACAUCAACUGGAAAUUUAAAUGCAACAUUCAGUGUGGAAGGUAGGAAGUGGCUCCUUCAAGGCACCGAUUGCUGGCUUUUAUUAACUCUGAAAUAGGUUGGCUCACUCGUCAGUGUUUGUUGAGAUGGUUCAUUUGGGGAAGAAGAAUCCAGUUUUUAUUUGUUUUUUAAAAGGGGGCAAGCAAAUGCUUAGUACACAAAAUGCUUGAGGGAAGGACCCACAGGGACAAGAGAGAAAGCUGUGAGAUUUAUUUGAUCGCUCUUUGUAACACUUGAAUGUUUUUUUUCUUAAAGGAGACAGGUGUUCAUCUAAAUAGUUCCAGCUCUGCAACAUAAGCAGGGUCUACAGACAUGCUCAAAGUCAGGUGCAGUCCAACGAAGGGUAGGUUCCUACUUAGAAAUCAAUGCGUUACCUGUUUACUCAGAAAUGAGUUCAAUGAGACUUACUUCUGGGGGUUUGGGGAAUAUGUUCAGACCCUGCUACUACCUCUGCAAGAUGUUUCUUUUAAUCCAUGGCCAAUGGUUUGAUUAGUUAACAGUGUUGAACAACCUUGGUAUCCAGGAAUCUAACGGUCCACAUAAUAGCACUUAGUUCAGGAACAGCAAGAGACUAGCCAUUCCCAGCAACUUUGGAAAUGCUUUAAAAACACAUCGUAUGGCAGGGCAGGUAGUUAAAAGUGCUCAUGACGGGUUGCGGUUCAUCACAGUAUACGAUCAGUUCCCUCCAACCCCGUUCUUAAUUGUGGCACCAAGUAAGUGGUGAAUCUCCCAUUUAAAGGUAACGGGACCCACGUCAGCCACGGCGACCUUGUUCUAAUUAGAUCGAGAUGUACUUGCUGUUAGAUUCUGAGGUCACAUAGCUAGCUGAAUCCUUCACGGUGUGCUGUGAGUCAUUUCAUGCGGGAGCAGUUCUCUGUGGUGGUGCUUUUACCUCCAGAGACCAUGAACAUGCAAGCUUGCCUCCAGAAUGACAGGGUACCAUCUAAUCAAAAUUCAGCCCCAUUUCAGUCACACAGAUUUCAAAGGGGAAUCCACUCUUCCCUGGGUAUCAAUGGAUCUUAGAACUGCUUCCUGCUGGGGGAGAUCAGCUAGGCUAGUUUGGAUCCUGUAAUGACCCGAGGCACUGUCGAUGCUGUACAGUUCCCAAAUAAUUAUAAGCCAUUUAACACACACUUCCUUUAUGUUGGAUGUAGGGUAGAAAACUUUGUGCUCUGCGCUGCAUGUAUUAUGAUAUGAAACCACUGAGAAUGGAUUUUUGUUGAGAACAUUUACCAGAAAGAUAGAUGUGGUACAAUUGUUGCACAGCUAUCUGUAUGGCUGUGCUUCUGUGUGGGUGGGCGGGGGGCUCUGUUCUAUUCAUACAGGCUUACUGCAAUAACUUACGUAUUUCUGUACUUUUCCUUCUGUCCCAGUUUCUCGCCCCCUCCCCUUUAACGUGUUGGUCCUUCAUUCCAAGCACUUUAUGCUAGUUGUAAUGGGAUCUAUUUUUGCACUGGAAUGCCCUAUUAACUUUGCAAAAAAUCUAGAGCAGUUUCACAGGGGGAAAAUUAAGUUAAAAAUCUUUCAAUGGACAUUUUCAUGAGAAAAAUAUAUAUAUUUGUAUUGCUAAUAAAUAUUUGUGAUGUAUUCAUAGGCAUUGGUUAAUUGCCUUGUAUUAAGUAAAUAAAUAAAGCUUUUUGUUGGUCUACAAAUGAUGCACUGCUAUGCAUU